UCAUGUUAUAAAUAGAAUUGGAGCCGCUUCCUGGGCAAGUUGCGGUGCGCUCCCCAAACGAUACCGUGAAUUGCUCUGGGUUUAUUGAUUGUUUGGACUGUAGUUGUACUUAUUAUAUAUAUAGAGAUGAAGUUCUGUCUCGCCUUUGUGCUUUUGCUAAGAGCUGUUUCAGUUUCCCCGGCAGGCGACUGUGAAGUGUGUGUGGGCUUUCUGCAACGAGUAUACGGCUCCCUGGUGUCCACGCACCAAGACCUCAGUCCUACGUUGGUGGAAGAAGAGCUAGUGAGUGCGUGCGCUGAGGUCCAGGGAAAAGAGUCCAGACUGUGCUAUUACCUGGGGGCCAGCAGCGAUGCAGCGACCCGCGUCACGGCGUCCGUCGCCCGGCCUCUGUCCUCCCACGUGCCGGUGGAGAAGAUCUGCCAGCGGCUCGGCAGCACCGACAAACAGAUAUGUGAACUGAAAUAUGAGCAGCAGCUGUGGGACCUGAGCAGCGCGGGGCUGCUGUCGCUCCGCGUGGCCGAGCUGAAGAGAGUGCUGUCGUCCUGGGGAGAGGAGUGCCGCGGUUGCCUGGAGAAGCACGAGUUUGUGGAUCUGAUCCAGGAGAAGGCCCAGCAACACCAACACGAUCAACAUGAACACCAUAUGGACCUGUGAUGUGAUUCAGGAGCAGGGUCGAACGGACCGGAACGGUGUCGGCUCACCUGAGUUCACGUGACCAAUCAACACAGCGACAGUUGUUGAGCUGUUUUUAAAAAAACUAAGAACGAGGCAAACAGAUUUUCAAUACAUGGAUGCAUAACGGAAUGGACUCCAAGUUUCAAAUCAAUUUAUAUCACAAACUACAAAGUCCACAUGAACGAACAGUUGAAUUCACAAUAUUCUGCACAUGCGCAAUGGUGUCUUGCCCAACCUGAAUGCAGAAAGUGAAGAAUCUAUUUUAUACCGUUGAGUCCAUGGUCAGAAGACCACAAUGAUCAGCCAAUCUAAAUACAUCUGGAAGAGUUGUAUGCUAUAGAAAUGCUCAAUUAUGUGCACUCAUCAAUAAACACACUUUUAAAUAA